UUAAUCCUGGGGAAACAUUUCACACUGCUGGAAUAGUUUCUUAGGACAGUACCUAGCACAACUCAAGUAUAAUUAAUAUAUCACUUAAAAUAAUAUCUUAAUAAUAUUCAAUAUUAUUAAUUGUUAUUAUUACUGUUCCCCAACAAUUUAAGAAACUAUGCCAAGUAAUUCUACUCCUGGUACUUCGGCUACCGAAACAACUUCUAAUGCUCCUGUUCCGGUUGUUCUACCAUAUGUAAAGCUAUUUCCUGAUGUUUCAAAUAUUGAAAUAUUCGCUAAUGAAAACUUUAAAAGGUGGCAAGAACAAAUUUUUUCACUACUUGAUGUUCAUGGUGUUGCAUAUGCUUUGGCACAAACACAACCUAGUGCAGAUGUUGAUGGCAAAAUUUGGAGUCAUGGUAAUACGCCAAUAAGAAAGGAGUCAUUCAAAGAUAAGCAGGCUGCGCUCAACGCAAAUUUAGUACAAGGUCAACAGAGCAACAACAAAAGGUAUGGUAAUAAGUUUCAAGGUUACAAGCCUAAUAAUCCCAAUUUUAAGAAAAAAAAAAGGCACUUGUUUUACUUAUGGAAAACCAGGUCAUUAUGCCGCUCAAUGUAGGCACAGAAUAAAAAAUAACAAAGAAAUGAGAAAUCCUUCCAAAGCUAAUUUAGCUGAAGGAGAUGAAAUAAUUACACCUGUUAUUUCUCAAGUGAAUAUGGUAGUACAUAUAAAAGAAUGGGCGGUAGACUCUGGAACUACUCGACACAUUUGUACAAAUCGAGAAACAUUUGCCUCCUAUACAUCAAUAGAAGAUGACAAUGAAGUAUUCUACAUUGGAGACUCAAGAACUGAUAAAGUCUUGGGCAAGAAUAAAGUACUCCUAAAACUCACUUCAGGAAAAACUUUAUCCCUAAUGGAUGUACUACAUGU